AUGUCAAAGCAUUCAGAAUGGCUUGAAGAAGCUGGGGAUGUUAAUUAUCAUAAAUUUGAAGAAUUCACUGACCAAAAAGAAGUAUGUGAAGGUGGAUGUGGAAGAAUCUCUAAAUAUCAAUGGGAAAAAAUGAAUUUAAAAGUUGCUCUUAAAACUCCAAAAACUAUGAAUAAUCUUAAAGACUUUAAAAUAGAG